CGUCAUGCAGGCCACCUACUAUCCCCCUCAAGCGUACUAUCCUGUACAGCAGGUGCCGUCUCAAGCACAGUAUCCACCUCCUCAGGUAGCAGGCUCUGUACCCUAUGUCUCGCAUUACGUCGGCGCAGCUCCUCCUCGGCAGGACCCCUAUGCCUAUUCUAUGCGACACCGGUACGAAACCUAUGUGCCUCCGCCGCCUGAGCCCGCGCCAAAAUCCAAGCAUCAGAGGAGUAACACUAUCUCGACACCGAAUCAUAAAAUUAUGCCACUCAAAUCCGCUAUGAAGAAGCGAACGCACGAGCGGUCAGAGUCCAUGGGCCAGCCCAUAUCGAGACAGUCCAGCAGGGCACCCUCGGAGCCACGCGAGCCUAUCAGCCCCACCGGCAGGCCUCGUGCGAACUCUACCCAACAGUACUUGCCAGGUCACCUGUUCGUGAUGUUUCCCAGCUCGAACGAGAUCCGGAUGGAGAAUAUCGCCCUCCCCUCCACCGUCGACGAGAUACGACAAAAUCUUCUACCUAUGUGGCCACAUCGUGGCAGUAACGAUGUACCUCGAGAAAGUACGUUUCGUGCCGUCUUUAACGGCACUCCGUGGGCCAGCUCCGGGACAGAUUAUAUCAUAGCGCGUCGUAUGAUCCACACACUUUGGGGUGUCUUGGCCCAUCAAGGUUAUAUGUAUCAGUCCACUACUCAUACUGGCGAGCCGCCAACGAAGCUCAUCUUUGCGCGGGCACAGCAUGAGAAAUUGCCGUACUUCUUCUCCAUCUCCGUCUCUCAGUCUGGAAGCAAAUAUUCCUUCCUCGAUGCCCCGCCACGCAUUGCUGAGAGUUUAAGCGAGGCUAUACGUGCCCUGUGGCCACACAAGGUUUCAGCGGACCGCCGCACGGAAGGCGGCGUGUUCAUCUUUGAGGUUAAGAAAAACGCUGGGGGGGAAGUAGACAGAAGUCUGCUGGCCGCGUACGUCCUUGACUAUUUCAACUCGAUCGGCUUCAAGUUGGACGGGAGCAUACCCAUGGGGAAAGCGGGACCUCUGGGCUUCGGCUCUAAGAAGGAGCUCUGGAUAUUACGUUCUGCACAGCAGCGGGACAGUAGUGCAAGCGGGCAGAACAGUGUUCAUGGGCACAAUAGUGCACAUGGUCAUAGUGCACAUGGUCAUGGAGAGUAUUGAGCCACUGUGUUCACUCACUGACUGGAUGCUUGGUUUGUGGUUUGUAUCUUCAAUUUUCAUCGCUUUGUACCUGCUCAAACUUUGGCAGUAGUUCAGAAAUACCAUGUAGUCUUGAUGGCAACGAUGUACGAUAUGCUCUUCAUCGGUUGGCUUCAGUGCGUUGGAUAGAAAUGUACCGCAGUCAGGGGAACUGUUAAACAUC